ACGGGAUACUGGGAGAGCCGGAAGAGCCGCGAGAACAUUACUGUUUCUCCAUCAGCGCUUCAGGUGUGAACGGACUAGCUACAUCCACCAGGGGGAUUUCUUUUAAAGAUUAGUUUAGACUCUGGUCGGAGCUACCUGUGCCGUAGACGUGUGUGUUGCAGUAAAGAUGUGGAAGGCAGCAGCAGGACAGUCAGUCAACGUGGCUGUAAAUGAAGAAGGGGACGACUGGGAGACUGACCCCGACUUUGAGAAUGACGUGUCGGAGACGGAGCAGCGCUGGGGGGCCAAAACGGUGGAGGGCUCAGGACAUCAGGAGCACAUAGAUAUCCACAAGCUGCGCGACACCGUGUCGACGGAGCACACCAGCUUGAAGAAGAAGGAGUUGGACAAAAUGCCCAAGGCCUCGCAUGGAUAUGGAGGAAAAUUUGGAGUGCAGCAGGACCGUAUGGACAAGUCUGCUGUGGGUCAUGACUACCAGAGCAAGUUGUCCAAGCACUGCUCCCAGACGGAUACCUCCAAGGGCUUUGGAGGGAAGUUUGGAGUGCAGGCUGACCGCGUUGACCAGUCAGCUGUUGGGUUUGAGUAUGCCGGGAAGACGGAGAAACAUGCUUCGCAGAAAGACUACACCACUGGGUUUGGGGGGCGAUACGGCGUGCAGGCAGAUCGUGUCGACGAGAGCGCAGUGGGCUUCGAUUACCAGGGCAAAACCGAGAAACAUGAUUCCCAGAAAGAUUACACCAAGGGCUUUGGCGGCAAGUUUGGUGUUGAGACCGACAAGGUGGACAAGAGUGCUAUGGGCUUUGAGUACCAGGGCAAAACUGAGAGGCACGAGUCACAGAAAGACUAUGUGAAGGGCUUUGGGGGCAAGUUUGGCGUGCAGACGGACAGACAGGACGCAUCGGCGCUGGGAUGGGACCACCAGGAGAAACUACAGCUUCACGAGUCCCAGAAAGACUAUAAGCGUGGGUUUGGAGGGCAGUAUGGGGUAGAGAAGGAGAAGCAGGACCAGUGUGCCCUGGGCUAUGAGCACAAGGAGAGCCUGGCUAAGCACGAGUCUCAGAAAGAUUAUUCUAAAGGAUUUGGAGGGAAAUUUGGUGUCCAGAAUGACCGUAUGGAUAAGAGCGCCGGGACUUUUGAGGAUGUGGUGAAACCGGCCCCAGCUUACCAGAAAACCAAACCUGUGGAGGCUGCUGGCAGCAGCACAGGAAGCAUCAAGGCGCGCUUCGAGAACAUCGCCAAGCAGAAGGAGGAGGAGGACAGGAAGAGGGCCGAGGAGGAGCGAGCGCGCCGACAGGCCAAGGAGAAGCAGGAGCAGGAGGAGGCGCGCCGUAAGAUGGAGGAGACGGCCAAGGCCCCCUCUCCGGUCCCGGCUGCCAGUCCCAGUCCCACUCCCAGCCCGACUCCCCCGGUCCAGCCAGCCGCCGCCCCGGCAUACCAGAAGUCAGCCCCCGUGUCCCACGACGCUGCCGAGGAGAACGGAGAGCCGCUGUACGAGGCGGAGCCGCAGAUCCCCGACGCAGAGCCCGAGGACCUCUACCAGACCCCCGAGGACACGGCCGCCGCCGCAGACGGCCAGCAGUACGAGUACGGCGAGGACCUCGGGUUGACGGCGGUGGCCCUGUACGACUACCAAGCAGCCGGCGACGACGAGAUAUCCUUCGACCCCGACGACAUCAUCACCAACAUCGAGAUGAUCGACGAGGGCUGGUGGCGGGGCGUGUGCAGAGGCGCCUACGGCCUUUUCCCCGCCAACUACGUGGAGGUUCGGCAAUGAUGACGCCCCGCCGACACCAGCCGAAGGAAGGAGACAAUUUGGAAUCCUCCUUUUUCACACUUUGGUCUUCUCUCUCAUCGCCUUCUGUUCCUGUGCGAGACGUCUGCAGGUCUCCUAACCGGCUUUCUUUUGCUCCGUUUUUUUCCAUCCCUCCGCUACAUCUUCCACUCUCAGAUCCCUUUGUUUCUCUCCGGGCAGCAGAAGACGGGGAGACUUAUCUUAGAACGACUCAGUCAGGGCUGCACAAUACCAGGGAACGGGAGAUAACCUUGUUGAACGUCGCGGUAACGAGAUCACUUGUGAUACAUUUACAGAUGUUAAAGUGAACUCAGUUCUGCUGCUUUCAGUAUUCUGCUAAAAUACAACACUUUGCUUGUUAAAUAAAAAAUUAAAUAAAUAAAAAAAGCCUGAAUGGAAAUAAUUUCCAUCUUUGUUUUAUUGAACAUUAAACUGAACACAAACCUUUAAAAAAUAAUGAGUUACAUUUUAAAGUGCAGUUUUCCACUGAUUCAGCUAACUCAAAAAAUCAUUUUCGUGAUGUGUUUAUUGUUAUUGCAAGUUAAAGUUGCAAUGUCGAUUUAAAUUAAAAAAAUCAGAUUUAUUGUGCAGCCCUAGACUCAACUAGAGAAUAUAUAGAGCUCAUCUGGGCUUUGUUCUGCACCUCUGGACAGAUGUUCAGGGUCUCGGAGGACGAAUGAUUCACACCUAGAAGUUACAUAUCAAAGCUUUUUUUUUUUUUUUAUCUCUCCAGAUACCGUAUUAGAGAUCAGUUUCAGGUAUUGUUGCUUCUUCAUAUGUGCGAGAGGAAUUUUAGUCUCACCAAAGACCAGAGUAAUGAUAGCAGUGAGCUUGAAUAAGUCUUGUGUACGGCUGCUCAGGCUUAAUGUAAGCAGGAGCAGUUUUUAAAGUGGAGAACAAGCCUCCACUUUGGAUUAUAAUGUAUAUUGAUGGCUAUAUACUGUCCCGUACGAUCGACUGUGGACCAAAAAGACCUUUUGCUUUUGUGGUCUGUUUGCACAGGAGUUUAAAUUCCCCCUCCUGGUUGAUGCUGCACCCGUCGAUCCACAAUGGGGGAACUAAGGCUACAUCUACCCUGCUACGUCUUGGUUUAAAAAUGUCUUCUUUUUGCGACGUUCGCGCCUCGUGUCCACGCUACUGCGGUGUUUUCCGAGCCCCUACAACGAGACUACAUCCUAGACGGAGCCAGCCAGGGAGGGCAUACAGUACAGUGAGAGGCCAGAUCAGGGCUAGCAUGUAGCUUCUCUGAGCUAACCCUUUUUAGGUGGACUCUGUCUGAUGGCAUCAUCGCACACCAGAGGGAAGUUCAAGUCUGCCAAAUUUGCCGUUGACGCCUUUCCCACGUUGCAGGCUCCAAAAAAAAACAUUACAACACAAGCUACAUUUAUACUAUUUUUUUUUGGUUUAAAAACCAAUAUGUUUCGCUACAUUUACGCCUCGCGUCCACACUACCAGGGCUACCUCGCCGUUGUUAUGGAUCCCAUGUAACUUCUAGGCAAUGAAGCAGCCCGAUUGGUUGGGGUUAGGCAUUGACCUCGAUAAGUUAAGGUUAAGAUAGCCGAUUGGUCAGGGGAUAGGACCUGAACAAAUCGGGUUCUGUUACCUUCAGUAAACAUGGACGCCUGGCCAAUAGUAGCGUGUGAAUGCUAUUGAAAGGCGGGUCUUGCCUGGAAGUUGCGUGGGUUCCAUAAUAACGCGUUUCCGAGCCCCUAAAACGGAGACAUUUAGAAACACUGCCGCUGACCUUUAGGUUCGAAAACUCCGGCGUUGCUUUGGACUCUGGACGGGCACAAACGGAGACGCAGAAACAACACCUCUUGUUAACCGUAUGAUUUAAUCUACCAAUACUGAGCGGAGACCAUUUUCAACACUGUCAGUCUUAAGCAACUACCACCAGCCGGGCGGAGUGUACAUGCUGCUUCCUGUUUACACUGACACGUGCAUGCCCAGUAUACAUAAAUGGUCCUGUGAUAUGUGUUUUUUUUGGGGGGCUAAAAACGUCUCUUAAAUACCCAAACGUAGCAGUUUAGCUGUAGCUUCAGUUGGAGCUUCAUGUAGUACCAAUCGGUUCUCUGUUGUCUGAGCACUUGCAGCGAUCGUCGUGUUUGGUUAUAAAUGAUCCAUAAUUGCUGAUGUCCAAGUUGUUGAGAAAAUAACGUGGCCAUGAUGUCAAAGGCUUCUUUUCGCCGCUGUGGCAAAUCACAAGCUAAACAAAAAAAAAAAACACUACAGCUCAUAGUAUUAUUCGAAUCCU